CGUAUCAGUGUUCGAGCUACUACUUUCCUAGUGCCAAUAUCGGGUGGAAAAAAAAGAGAAACACAAACGACUCAGUUUAAUCUUCACGACGGAAGUGGUUUCUAUUUUAUUUUGUAAUUCAUCGCUUCUCUGAGUGACUUUAGAGGUUCGGAGGGGGAGACGAAGCCAUGGAUGUGGUGCUCCUGGUGUGCUUGGCGCUGACAGUCGGAGCGUGGUUCGCCUCCGCGGAGAGACACAGCGUCUACUGGAACGGAACAAACACCAACUUCCAAGAAGAUGACUACACGGUGAAAGUGCGCAUUAAUGACUAUCUGGACAUCAUCUGCCCCCACUACACCCAUGGAGAGGUGUCGUCGCACUCAGCCGAGCGCUACGUGCUGUACAUGGUGGAGAGGGAGGACUACGAGGUGUGUAAGCCUCACUCCUUCGAUCAGCUCCGUUGGGAAUGCUCACGCCCCUUCGCUCCCCACGCGCCGGAGAAAUUCUCGGAGAAAUUCCAGCGCUACACGCCCUUCACCUUGGGGAACGAGUUCAAGCAGGGGGAGAGCUAUUACUACAUCUCCAAACCACUGCAUCAUCAUGGAAAGGAAUGUCUGAGGCUGAGAGUGGACGUUGUUGGACAUAAAGGAUCUGCAAAGACUCAAUCAGACGAAGCCAAGACAGAGGAAACGAAAAAAGACGAAAGAAAAGCUACGUUUUUUGCCGCUGGAGGAGUUCACAACCCCUCCAACCGACUCCCAGCAGAUGAUCCUGCUGUGAUGGAGCCAAACGUCCAGAGGAGCAUCGGCAGCUCUGCAGCACAGCUGGCGUCUUUGUCCUUAUUCACCAUCAUCCCAGUUUUAUUAACCACCAUGCUGCACUGAAGCCCAGAGACAUUUCUAAACCAAUGCGGGUUAUUGGGACAUUUUUUUUACAAGACUCUUUAUAAAUAUAUAUAUAUAUGAGCAUAGACGGUUUGUGUUGUUCAGUGUGUGUUUGAUGUGUUGGUGUGAAUGUGGAGUGUGGAUCGCUCCAAAAAAAAAAACAAAGAGAGAGGACCUCAAAAAUGUUUUGUUUUUUUCUAACUUUCUUUCCAUAAAUUUUGAGGAUGAAAAUUCUCAGUUUUGAACGGUUUAAGAAUCUUUAUUCAGUCGUUGUGACCAGAAGUUAGGAGUGAGAUUAACGUCACAUCAUCAUAACCUGUGUUCAGAUGUUCAUAUCAGUGGUACAGCUGUGCUUUGUCACCAAACACUCGUUUUUCUUCCUCUACAUGUAGAGAAAUUAUUGUUUUUUUGUGUAUGUUUUGUUGGUAAAAGUGGUAAACCUAAUAUAGGAUGUUUGAUGUUUGUCAUGUGAAGCACUCGGCUCCUGGUUGGAUCUUUAGAGAAAUGGAAAACAAUCUAAAUUUUUCUCAUUUGGCUGGACGAACUUGAAUAAGAUGCUCAUGCUGAUGAGAUAAAAACUCUCAAACGAAAUUUUGAGCUUUUAAUUUGGUAUUUAAAAUUGGAAAUGUUUGCAUUUUGUCCUUGAGAAGUCCUCAUCACAAGAGAGACUGAAGAGCUCCACGGUCGAGAUGGUUUUAUGGUACACUGGUUGUUAGCGAACAUCAUCGUUUAAAUGAAGGGGCUUCCCACCAUCUGUUUGUUUGUUUCCUCCUUGAACAUGCUUGACCUGUUUUGUAAAUUUAUACAUAAAGGAAACUAUAAGGCACUGCUUUAAGAUGUGAAAAAAUCUUUGGUAAAAUUAAAAGUGUUAUGAAAUUGA